CUGGCAGGGUGUAGCCUGCUCGGGUCCAACUCUUUUCCUUCCCAAACUUUUUUUGGGGUUGUUUCCAUGGCGGUGGUCACAAUCCCGUAAGGAAAGAAAGAAGUGGAUGUUCACAGGAGAGAAAGUAGAAAGCGGCACACAAGUUCAAGAAAGUAGAGCCGCUUUUUUUCUGCACAGAAGGAGCGACCGAGCAGCAGCACCGGCGCGUCCCGCAUGAUUUGAGCCCUCGGUCCGCGAGCUCGGUAGCUGAAGAGUUACCGCAACAACUUUUAUGGACGGAAACGCCUCGGUUAGGGGGGUUUCGGAGUUUUGCUUCUGCGCGCGGUGAGGACGACGGACACGAGCGACCCCCACCAUGCCCCGUUUGGCCCUCGUUCUGGGCGCGCUGACUCUGACUUUGUGGGCGACGUGCAGCCGCGGAGCCAUGGACGAGUGCGCGGACGAGUCCGGGCGGCCUCAGCGCUGCAUGCCCGAGUUCGUGAACGCCGCCUUUAACGUGACCGUGGUGGCCACGAACACCUGCGGCUCUCCGCCCGAGGAGUACUGCGUGCAGACCGGCGUGACCGGAGUCACCAAGUCCUGCCACAUCUGCGACGCCCGGGACCCGAGGCAGCAUCACAGCGCGGUCUACCUCACCGACUACAACACCCAGGCGGACACCACCUGGUGGCAAAGUCAGACCAUGCUAGCGGGCAUCCAGUACCCCAACUCCAUCAACCUCACCCUUCAUCUGGGCAAGGCCUUUGACAUCACCUACGUGCGUCUUAAGUUCCACACCAGCCGCCCAGAGAGCUUUGCCAUCUACAAGCGUACCAGCGAGGAUGGUCCCUGGAUCCCAUACCAGUACUACAGCGGCUCAUGUGAGAAAACCUACAGCAAGGUGAACCGUGGCUUCAUCCGCACUGGAGAGGAUGAACAGCAGGCGCUUUGCACAGACGAGUUCAGCGACAUCUCACCACUUACCGGAGGAAACGUGGCCUUCUCCACACUCGAGGGUCGGCCAAGCGCAUACAACUUCGACAACAGCCCUGUGCUGCAGGACUGGGUGACUGCAACAGACAUCCGAGUGACCCUCAACAGGCUGAACACAUUCGGAGAUGAAGUCUUCAAUGAUCCGAAAGUCCUCAAGUCCUACUAUUAUGCCAUCUCUGAUUUUGCUGUGGGAGGAAGGUGCAAGUGUAACGGCCAUGCCAGCGAGUGCGUGAAGAACGAGUACAAUAAGCUGGUGUGUAACUGCAAACACAACACGGAAGGUGAUGACUGCAGUGUGUGCAAGCCCUUCUAUAACGACCGUCCCUGGAGAAGAGCCACGGCCGACAACGCCAACGAGUGCCUGCCAUGCAACUGCAACGGGAAGAGCGCAGAGUGCUACUUCGACCAAGAGCUGUACCGCAACACUGGUCAUGGAGGCCACUGCCGGAACUGCGCCGACAACACGGACGGGCCCAACUGCGACCGCUGUCUGGACAAUUACUAUAGAGACGCAUCGGGCCAUCGCUGUCUGCCCUGCAGCUGCAACCCCGUGGGCUCUCUCAGCACACAGUGUGACAACUCUGGUCGCUGCAGCUGCAAACCAGGCGUGAUGGGAGACAAAUGUGACCGCUGCCAGCCUGGAUUCCACACACUGACACAGGCAGGCUGCAGGCCCUGCUCUUGUAACCCUGCUGGAAGCACACAGGAGUGCGACGUCAAUACUGGACGUUGCCAGUGCAAGGACAACGUAGACGGCUUCAGCUGUGACAGGUGUAAACUGGGCUACUUUAACCUGGACCCUCAGAAUCCUCAGGGUUGUACACCAUGCUUCUGUUACCUUCAUUCCACUGUGUGUGAAAGUGCGGAUGGCUACAGCAUACACACUAUCACCUCCACCUUCGACCGAGAUGAUGAAGGCUGGAAGGGCCAGCAGAGAGAUGGCUCCAGUGUGCCAGUGCAUUGGUCUGCAAGCUCUCAGGAAAUCUCGCUCAUCUCAGAUGACUACUUCCCCAUGUACUUUGUGGCCCCAGCAAAAUUUCUUGGUAACCACUUGCUGAGCUAUGGUCAGAACCUCACACUGAACUUCCGAGUGGAGAGACGUGAUACUCGUCUUUCAGCUGAGGAUGUGGUGUUGGAAGGGGCAGGGUCCCGUGUCGCUGUACCCCUCAUCGCCCAGGGAAACACUUAUCCUGGAGAGCAAAUGCAGACUUUUGUAUUCAGGCUCCAUCAAACUACAGACUAUUCUUGGAAACCAGUACUGAGACAUGGAGAGUUUCAGAAGCUUCUCCACAACCUUACUUCCAUCAUGAUCCGUGGCACCUACAGUGAGAGAAGUGCUGGUUACUUGGAUAAUGCGUCCUUGGUGACUGCCCGACGGGGUCCCGGAACUCCAGCACGCUGGGUGGAGAAGUGUACGUGUCCUCAGGGCUAUGUGGGUCAGCACUGUGGCCAGUGUGCUGUAGGAUACAGGAGGAGUAACCCAGAGCUGGGCCAGUACAGCCCCUGUGAGCCCUGCAAUUGCAAUGGCCACAGUGAUACUUGUGACUCUGUAACAGGAAUGUGUAACUGCCAGCACAAUACAGCUGGGAUGAGCUGCGAGAGGUGUAAGGAUGGUUAUUAUGGCGACGCUACUGUAGGGUCAUCGUCUGACUGUAAGCCCUGCCCAUGUCCUUCAGGGGCCACCUGUGCAAUUGUACCCAAAACGAAAGAGGUGGUGUGCACCAACUGCCCAACAGGCACUACAGGCAAACGCUGCGAGCUGUGUGAUGAUGGUUUCUUCGGUGACCCGCUGGGCACAAGCGGCCCAGUCAGGGCCUGCCGGGCGUGUAAAUGCAGUGACAACAUCGACCCUAAUGCCGUGGGCAACUGUGACCGAGAGACAGGCGAAUGCCUCAAGUGCAUCUACAACACAGACGGAUUCUUCUGUGACCGCUGUAAAGAAGGUUUCUACGGCAACGCCCUGGCCACCAACCCAGCUGACAAAUGCAAACCUUGUUCCUGCUCUCCAUACGGCACUGUGGACCGACAGACCACCUGUAUGCAGGUGACGGGCCAAUGCCAGUGUUUGCCCCACGUCACCAACCGAGACUGCAGCGCCUGCGAGCCCGGCUUCUACAACCUGCAGAGUGGCAAUGGCUGUGAACGGUGCAACUGUAACCCUAUCGGCUCCACUAACGGCCACUGUGACAUUGCAAGUGGGCAGUGUGAGUGUCAGCCUGGGGUCACUGGUCAACGCUGUGAGCGCUGCGAGGUCAACUUCUUCGGCUUCAGCUCCUCUGGAUGCAAACCCUGCGACUGUGACCCUGAGGGCUCACGGACAGCUCAGUGCAGAGAGGAUGGCCAUUGUGAGUGUCGUCCAGGCUUUGUGGGCAAUCGCUGUGAUAUGUGUGAGGAGAACUACUUCUAUAACCGUUCCACUCCUGGCUGCCAGCAGUGCCCCAACUGCUAUAGCCUUGUGAGGGACAAGGUGAACCAGCAGAGACAGAAGCUUCAUGAACUGCAGACCCUGAUCGACAACCUGGGCAGCCAGGAUACAGUGAGUGACAAGGCAUUCGAGGAUCGUCUGAAAGAAGCUGAGAAAGCCAUCAUGGAUUUACUGAGAGAGGCUCAAGCCAGCAAAGAUGUGGACAAAGGCCUUUUAGAUCGUCUUAAAGCCAUCAACAACACGCUGACGACCCAAUGGAACCGCCUGCAGAACAUCAGGAACACUGUGGACAACACUGGUACUCUGGCGGACAAAGCCCGCAACAGAGUGCGUGAGGCUGAGAAACUGAUUGACCGGGCCAGAGAGGAGCUGGACAAGGCCAAGGACGCCAUCAGCAAAGUGGAUAUCAAAACUCCCACGACCACUGGAGAUCCCAACAAUAUGACACUCCUUGCUGAAGAGGCUCGCAAUCUGGCAGAGAAGCAUAAGACGGAAGCUGACCAGAUUGAGAAAACUGCAAAAGAUGCCAACGACACCUCCACCAAGGCCUACAACUUGCUGAAGAAGACUUUAGAUGGCGAGAACAAAAUCAACAGUGACAUUGAUGAACUUAACAAGAAGUACAAUGAGGCGAAGGAUCUGGCAAAGAACCUGGAGAAACAAGCCAGUAAGGUGCAAGCUGAAGCAGAGGAGGCAGGAAACAAAGCACUGAAAAUCUAUGCCAACCUCACCAGCCUGCCACCCUUUGAUGUCAAAUCAUUAGAAGAUGAGGCCAAUAAGAUAAAGAAGGAGGCGUCAGACCUGGAUAAGCUUAUUGAUAAGACUGAGAAGGAGUACAAUGAUCUGAGAGACGACCUGAAGGGUAAAGAGAACGAGGUUCGCAAACUACUGGAGAAGGGGAAGACCGAGCAACAGACAGCUGAUCAGUUGCUGGCACGGGCAGAUGCAGCUAAGGCCCUGGCGGAGGAGGCAGCGAAGAAAGGGUUGUCCACAUACCAGGAGGCCCAGGACAUUCUCAACAACCUCCGAGAUUUUGAUAAGAGAGUGAAUGACAACAAGACUGCAGCCGAGGAGGCCAUGAAGCGUAUCCCAGAAAUCAAUGCAACCAUCAAUGCGGCCAACGAGAAGACCCGGCAGGCUGAGGGGGCGCUUGGCAAUGCAGCAGCUGACGCUAAAGAGGCCAAGACCAAAGCAGAGGAAGCAGAGAAAAUUGCCAGCAAUGUUCAGAAGGGUUCAGCUAAAACCAAGGUAGAUGCGGAGAAGGCCUUUGAAGACACUAUGAAACUGGAUAAAGAAGUGAACGACAUGAUGAAUCAGCUGGCAGCUGCAGAGAAAGAACUAGGGGCAAAGACAGAGGAAGCAAACCAGGACAUGAUGAUGGCUGGUAUGGCAUCCGACAAUGCGAAGAAAGCAGAGGAAAACGCCCGCAAAGCCAAAGACGCUGUCCGCACAGUACUCGGCACAAUCAACGAUUUGCUCAGCCAGCUAGGCAACAUCGAUAAGGUGGAUCUGAGCAAGCUGGACCAGAUCGACAACUCGCUGAAGGCAGCCAAGGAGAAAAUGGCUGGGAGUGAGCUGGAUAAGAAGCUUAAGGAGCUGAAUGACAUCGCCACGAGCCAGGAGAACAUGAUCAAAGACUAUGACAGGCAGAUUCGCGAGAUCCGUGCCGACAUUGACAACCUUAAUGACAUCAAGAGCACUCUCCCCGAGGGAUGCUUCAACACGCCGUCUCUAGAGCGGCCUUAACCUCACUCCUCCUCACACCAUGCCCCCCCUCUUCUCCUUGUCUGUGCCACACUUUUCGCCAUCUAACACUUGGGGCAGGAUGCCACCCUUUACCAAAACAGCUUUGUGUCUUUAUUGCAAAUCUAUGUUUUGUUUCGUUUUGGUUUUUUAAAGCUUUUGUUUUAUGAGAGAAGCCACAAUUUUCAGGCCAUUUCCACGUUUUACAAGAUGAUGAAA